AUGAGUAUGGACUACGCUCUCUCUCAAUGGGAAGGGAGGAAGGAAGGAAGGCAUCUAACGGCUUUGGACCGUUCUCCUCAUCCUCGUAGCCCUCAAACCCAGUCGCCUUCUGGUUCGCCAAGGGACUGUAGUUCAACAGCCCACCCACUGCAUCGUAAAGAGAGAUGGGCUUUCCUACCAACAAUCGUGACAAUCUCACAACAUCAAUAA